UCUUCUGGAGAUGUUCUUCACUCUUGAAACUGUUCGAUGUUGAGCGGAUGUUGAGUUUCUCUCUCAGCGCGUGAUCGAUCUCCAUCAGUCAUGAGUGAACAAAGCAUCUGUCAGGCGCGGGCCACCGUCAUGUUGUACGAUGACGGCAGUAAGCGCUGGUUACCGGCUGGUUCUGGUGCUCAGGCCAUCAGCAGGGUUCACAUCUUCCAGAACCCCAGUAACAACAGCUUCAGGGUGGUGGGACGCAAACAACAGGCCGAUCAGCAGGUGGUCAUUAACUGUCCUCUGGUCCGGGGGAUCAAGUAUAACCAGGCCACUCCUACGUUCCACCAGUGGCGGGACGCACGGCAGGUCUGGGGUCUGAACUUCGGCAGUAAAGAGGACGCGGCUCAGUUCGCCAGCGGCAUGAUGCACGCUCUGGACCUGCUGACCGGAGACACCGGUGCGUGUCCUCCUCCUCCUCGACCGCCUCCGAACGGCCCGAGCACUGAGGAGAUAGAGCAGAAGAGGAGGCAGGAGCAGCAGGAGAGAGAGAGACAGGUGUCUGCUGCUCCGCCUCCUGGCCCUCCUCCCGCUCCUGGCCCCGCCUCUGCACCUCCUCCUCCCCCUGGACCUCCACCCGCUCCAGGACCCCCACCUCCCCCCCCACCCCCACCUCCUUCAGGAGGAGGCCCGCCGGCCCCCCCACCCCCACCCUCAGGAGGGGGAGGGGGAGGAGGAGGAGGAGGUGAUGGAGGUCUGGCUGCGGCGCUUGCUGGAGCUAAACUACGCAAAGUGGCCAAGGAGGACAGUGGAGCAGCAGCUCCUGCAGUGAGUGCCAGCACAGGAGGUGGAGGAGGUGGAGGAGGAGGAGGAGGAGGAGGAGGAGGAGGAGGAGGAGGACUGAUGGGAGAAAUGGGCGCAAUUCUCGCUCGCCGAAAAAAAGCUGCUGACACUCCAGCCGUCAAGAAAGAAGAAGCCAGCAGCGUGAGUGUGAGUGUAGCUGCAGGUGAGAGUCGAAUCACUUCAUCAUCUCGCUGCACUUCCUGUUUACAGUCAAACAUCGUGACCUCAAACGCUCUUCUUGUGUCUCAUUCAGACAAACCAGACGCGGUGAAGAAGCCCUGGGAGAAACCGUCGUCUGUGUCACGGGUGAACUCAGCGUCUAAGAGCCCGGUGUCUCCUGCGACCACGGCUCCGUUGAGCAGGACGAGACCCGGCAGCAGCACAGGAGACGCUACAGACAUGGAGAAACUCAAACAGGACAUCCUGGAGGAGAUGCGCAGCGAGCUGCAGAAGGUGAAGGAUGAGAUCAUCAGCGCUCUGCUGGAGGAGCUGCAGAAGAUCAGAGCGGCGUAGCUGCGGAUCCGGACCACAAACACAUGCACAUGCUUCAAGAUAUCC